AUGGUUUAUUUUUCUCCAAGGCCCCAAGUGCCACGAAGUUAGUAAGGACAACCUGCAAAUAGGUCAAUACUGAAUUAAUGAUCCAGCUGGGUUUUGUUAUAUUAAGCAUAGAACUGUAAAAUUAACAGACAACCUAUCUCUUACUUGCCUAUUGCAGUCUCAUUAAUUCAGGAUCAGGUAGGCCUUUGACUUUGUUGUGAAGUUUCUUUGCAAUUGCAUGCAUCUGCAUAGAAUCAUAGAAUUAGAAUUAAUUUAUUAAAGAAAGUAAGCACGUAAAUGUUUCUUCUAGUUCUAUUAAUACUAUAUUUGUAUUCUCCACUAUAUUUACAAUUAAAGUCAUACCGUUUUUCUUUUUUAAUAUGGCUGAGCUAGGUUAUCAAUGGCAUCAUUUAGGCCUCUUUGCAAUUGCAUGCAUCUGCAUAGAAUCAUAGAAUUAGAAUUAAUUUAUUAAAGAAAGUAAGCAGGUAAAUGUUUCUUCUAGUUCUAUUAAUACUUUAUUUGUAUUCUCCACUAUAUUUACAAUUAAAGUCAUACCGUUUUUCUUUUUUAAUAUGGCUGAGCUAGGUUAUCAAUGGCAUCAUUUAGGCCUCUUAGCUUAGCAUUCUACUAAGACUAGAGACUAGAGUAUUUAAGUAAAUUAGUAAUCAUCCCCCCCCCCCCCACAAACACACACAACCAGCACACACGUGCUGGGACACAAAUUACCCUAUAGUUUUUAUUUAAUAUAUAUAUAUCUACUAAGACUCGAGAAUAGAGUAUUUAAGUAAAUUAGUAAUCAUCCCCCCCCCCCACACACACACACAACCAGCACACACGUGAUGUGACACAAAUUAGCCUAUAGAUUUUAUUUUAUAUAUAUAUUAUACACAAAUCCUGGGUGGCAGAUUCUUUCUUUACUUUUAGAGAAUUAUUCACAUUAUUUAUAAUUUUUCUUAAACUUCUUACCCAUCAACUAUCAGCUCAUCAUGAUCAAUGAUAUAAAUUAUAAAUAAACUUAAAGUUAAAGCGAAAAAAAAAUGUAGUGCUUCUUUAAUGACAUAUUUUGUUUUGAAUAGAUAAAUAAUAAGAUCAUUAUUUUACUUGCAAUUUUUAUUUGAGGUAGCACCUGCCCUCAUUGGAUUUCCUCAAUUUUCACCUGUCAAUGUCCCAAAGCAUUAUCAUUAUGUUUUUUUUGGACUUGAUAUGUUCCAUUAGUCAUUACAAAGAAUCCAGCUUCACUAAUGUAGGUGCUUUCAAAAAAAUUGUCAAACUUUUUGUAACCACAAUUGACAUUUCCAUAGUGACCAUAGUUGUGUAAAUUCAUCAGAAGAAACAUAGCCUACAACAUCCGAAGUCAUUUGGCCACACAUUCUUAUGUUUGUUUAUAAAUUAAAAAAUACUUUCAAGCAUCGUUCCUACCAUGUCUCACAAUUCCUCCCCGACUGAAUAGCACCAAUUAAAAACAAGUACAACUUGUAUCCUGCUUUCUACUCAUGGGAGGUCUCAUACACUGAUAUCUUAAUAGCAGGUAAUUUUCCACAAAAUCACAACAAUAUCUGGCUAGAAUACCUAUUCAAAUAACAUGGUACCAUAAAGGGUUCUCACUGCCUACCAAUAGUCAUUGUGACACCUUUAGUACCCCAGCUGCCAUCUUGAUUAUUCUAACCCAAAGACUUUCUUUUCAUAUUCUUAUCAUCCUACAAAGCACAGUAAUAAAUUUGUGGUGCUCACCUGUCUAGUUCAUCUAACUUGGUCCUGAUGGUGAGGGAGAGGGCAUGGAAUUUUACAUAGCCAAAUACCUACACAUCAAGUUACUUUUCGCAUCCCAAUGCAUCUUUCCCAACGCUGUUAGCAGUUAUACUCGAUACCCUGUGAUACCUCCCCUGUGCAAGCAACAGAAAGAAGGAGAAGAUAGUAUCUGAUUUUUAUGUCACCCUAUGUUCCCGAUUGGUUGAUAGUAUCUGAUUUUCAUGUCACCCUAUGUUCCCAAUUAGUUGGUCUUCUUAUGUGCUUAACGCAUAAAUCACCUGACAAUUCAUCCCACUCCUUAACUUUUUUUUACCUCCCCCAUUUUAAGUUACAACUUCUCCUGUGCUCUCACAUGAUUUCCUACCUAAACUGAAUCAAUGAAUGUUGUUCGAAAAUAUUUUCACCCAAAUUUUUGUUUACACAUUUUAAAUCAGAUGAGUGGACAGCAUUGCCCUAUUAUUUAUUUUUUUUCAGCUUGUCAUUGCAAAGAGUUUUUGGAAAUCUAUGGCAGAGAUUUGGUCAAUGCAAAAAAAAAAAGUAUACAGUAAAAUUCUUAUCUCUGAUUAGGAAAUAUUCCUUUUGAACCGAAUUUAAAAACUGUUUUCUGUAAUACUAAUAGUAGGCCUAUUAAAAUAUAGUGUGCAUGGAACUUCCAUUAUGUUUGAAUGCUAUUAGCUGAUUUUUAACAGUUAGGACUUUAUGUUUUGAAUGACAUGUGAAUUGUAAAUAUGAGACCCUGCCAUGGCUGUACCUUUUCCCCCCUAAAGACCUUUUGUAAGAAUAGGGGCAAUACGCUAGAAGCUACACUCAGGGGUCUUCAGAUUACUAAAAUAAUAUUCCCUUGAUGCUUUUAAGAACCGUCGAGAAAAUUUCAAGCACAUGUUAUGUCAUUAAAUGUUGUUUUCAAAUGAGGAACAAGAAAAGGUUUGGCAAUAACAUAAAAUAUUAAUUUCACACAUAAAUCAUGGUAGAUAAAUUACAUUUUUUAAUGUCUUAGUUCUACUGGCUGCAAAACUCUAUCACUAGGGGAAAGAAGUAUUUCUCUCCCUAAGUAUUGAAACCACAUAUUGUACUAUAGACCUUGUACUUUUAAAGAUUCUUUCAUUGGUACCCAGUAUGAAUUUCAACCCUUACAAUUAUGGUAAGCCUAUUUAAGAGUGGACCAAUAAUUAAUGACAUACUUAAGUACUGUUGUAGGCUGAAAAUUAUCAUUUAUUUGAAAUGAUUAUUUAUACAUUUAAUUGUAAACUAAAGGAUCAUGUGACGAAUAUUGAUUAUUCGAAACAUAAAACACUAAUGGUAGUGGAGUAUAUUUAUAGAUAGCCGAUACUUAAUGCUAUACAUUUUGGCUUGCCAUCUGUAACAAGUCAUGAUUUAGACAAGCCAACACAAAGCUAAACAGUAAACAUUUGCAUAAAUUAGGUCUUAUCAAUGAGUAUUCUUGAUUAUUAGUUGGCUUUAAUGUAGCAUUUUUUUCUGUAUUUUAAUAGUCAAUAGUGAUCAUCUUUUAACCCUUUCAUCACCGCUGGUUGAGGGGGGGGGGGGGGCGCGUAGCCACUUUAUUUUUUGUUGCUUCAGAAUUAAAAAAACUUAAUAUUUUUUAAAAAAAAAAAAUUUAACCCUUUCAUCGCCGGUGGGUGGGGGGGGGGGGGCGCGUAGGCACAUUAAUUUUUGCUGACUCAGCAAUAAAAAAACUUAAUAUUUAUUAAAAAAAAAAAAUAUAUAUAUUUUUCAUUCUCUGUCCGAAUUGGUUAUUAACUUCCCGUUUGAUUAAUAAAUAAAGAAAUUUAUAGCAUUGAAAUAUGACGUCGAUGUGACGUACUUGGUAUUUCAGAAAAGUUCUUUGCCCCUUUGUUAUGACGACAAUAUGACAUCCUUGGUAGUUGAAAGUGGGUGAUUGUGACGUCGCGAUGAUAUCAUCUGUAACAAAAGGGUUAAAAGUCAUAAAAUACAUUUUUAGAAACUUUGCUUAUUAUACAUUUUGAUACAUCUAUGAUGUAUUUAUUUGAUCAAGUUAAAUAAUAAAACAAAUUAAAACUGAAACAUUUAAAAUCUACUAUACAGGUAUAGCCUACAAUAUUUGUUUUAUUAUUAACUGGCAAAUUUUAGCUAAUACCAUACCAGUUGUACUACUAAUGUUAGUGAUAGGCCAUAGUUGGCAGCUUUUUGUUAAUCAGAAAAGACUAACACAAGCGCACACUCUCAGUUGUUGACAAAAGAUAUAUCAUGUUAACAUCUCUUUUUAACUCUAAUUAUAUUUGUUCUCUCCCUGCAACAUUAUUUUUUAAAUUAAUUUUUAGGGCCUAUAGGCUCCAAAAAUAUAAUUCACAUAUGAUAUUGAAACUAGGGUUAUAACAGAAUUCUUUUUAACACUCGUAAACAGCUGAAGAAAACAUCAUCAAAUAACCAAGGUCAAAUUCUGUAUAAGAGAAUUUAUUGAGGACAUUUGAUAAUGACAAAUCUGUAAGAUAAAAGAGCACGGUAUACUGCCAUUUCCAUUUCUGUCACUACCAUUAAAUAAUUCAGUCAAGGAUAGAUUGAAUAGAAAAGGUGACCUCGAAUAAUAUGAAUACAUAUCAGUGCCUCCCCUCUAUGGCCUCCACCUAGAUUUUCUAUUUACAGCUAACAUGUUAUUUAACAGGAGGUGUAGCAUGACUGCAUGUGACAAAACAUUAUAAUUGAAAGAACUUGUUGGUUCCGAAUUUUAAUAAAAUUGAUAACUUGGCAUAAUUUAACAAUAGUAUUAUGUUUGAAUCUGUUUAUGUUCUGUGUAAGAUUGUGUCAGUUACAUUAAAUUUUUUUAAUAAAGUAUAUUCGAUAAUUAAACAAAAUGAUGAUAGGGAAAAAUUAAUUGAAAUGUGUACCCUGACACAUAAUUCACAUUACAUGACAAUUCAAUAUGUUUGUUUACUUUUACAGCUCUAUGGGAACUUAUCUACAUUUUUAGAGAUUUAUUCCUUUUAUCAUUAGUUUUCACAAAGGCUUUGCAACAGUGCAUUUUAUGAUUAACUAAUUAUAUGGGUUUUGGACUGCGAUACAGCUUUCAAGUACAUUUCUAGACGCAAACAGUUUUCGUAAAUAAAACAAUACAAGUUCAGCUUUAAUAAUGAUCAUGCAGAAUACAAAUUUAGAUGUUUCGGCUAAUGCCUUCAUCAGUACAAAAAACAAAACAAAAAUCAUAAAGUAUAAAUUUAUUAUAAAGUUACAUGAUAUAGGCCUACUUAUAUACAUGUAUCCUACCUAAAAAUGAGAGAAAAAAAAUGGGCACAAGCCCCUGACAAAGAAGUGGAAGUAAAAUUUAAAAAACUAACAGAAAAAAUAUGUUGCAGCUGUUUAAAAUUGUGAAUUUGGUUUAUACCGUAUGGAGUCGACGUACCAAAUCUUAUUAAUUUAUUUUCCUUAUACAUUCUAUCUGGUGUAGGCCUAUUACUUGCAUACAAUAUAAGAGUAACUGCAAUGUCUAAAAUUCCAUUAUGGUUAGCACCAUUGACAGGUUUGGAAACUAGACAAAAGGCUUUAAAAUGGUUCCAAAAGUUAUUUACUCUACUUCACCUUUCUCUGCUCUAUGCCUUAAAAUACUGUUCAUUUUAUUCCAUUGCUUUCACCUAUAUCAGUUUAUUUCAUGUCUUCAAAUUUUAUUAUUUUUUUUCCCCAUUUUUUGGAGUGAAAACACCAAAUAGCAGACCUGUUUACUCUCACUCAUAAAAUCGUACUAUAUUAUCAUAAAAUCGUUCAAUACCUUAUGUUUAUAGAAAAAAAAUAAACAUACAGUAUACAUGCUAACACCUCAAAAUCGUACAUUGUACGCCAAAAUCGUAAGAGUAAACAGGUCUGAAAUAGAUUUAACCUAAAAUCAAAUUUAAGCAAUUAAUUUAAAAUCACCAUGCAUUUUGAGUGUUAGGUUAAUUAAAUUUCUGUGCACACUUUCUCUAGGUUUUGCAGUAGUUAAAAACUCAAGAAAAUGUCCAUCACACAGUUAAAAAUUAACAUAGAUGAACCCAGAUAUGACCAAUCAACUUAUGGAGGACGAGCAAGGCACUUUUUUAUCACCACCAAUCCUCUGAAUUUAUUUGCAUCAGGAAAAGCUUUGGACGAUGCAAAAAAUUUGGUAGAGAGAUAUAGGUAAUAUAUAAUAAAUUAUCAAUUUCUUUAAUAACUUAAAGUCACUUUGUUAAAAUAUGUUGAAUUAAUAUAUAUAUAUAAUAUAUAUAUACUAAUUGUUAAUGUAAACAGAAAAAGGAUUGUAGGCAUUUUGUGAUACUUUAUAAGUUUUUGCCUCCUAUUGUGAAAACUCAUCAGAAUUCCUUAUUUUAAAAAAGAAGUAUCUAUGUAAUGAUGUUGACGUUUUUAACAUCAUUUAGGGUUGAUAAAUAUUUAUUUGCUUUAUAAUAUACCUUUAUCCUUCUACUUUUGUUGCCCUGUGUUACAAUUUCUUUUCUCUAAAAAUUAAAAAAACAUGACCUUAAUUUUGCAACAAAAAAUCUAUAUUCCAUUUGAAAUAUCUUUUGCAUUAAGGGAAUCCAAUAUAUUGGUAACUUCAUUAAAAAUUUAACCAAAAUUGUGCCUUGUUUUUUUAACAAUAAUUUCAUAUGAUCGUCAAACAAAUAAUUUUCUUUUCAUCUAAAAAUUAAUCUCUUAACCCAUUUUAAUGUCUUUAACAGCCUCAGUAUUUUUUUAAGAGUAUUAUUAAUCUCAUAAAAUUUUACGGCCGCUUUACCUUUCACAAGGUGGAAACAAUUAUAUAUUUUCAUAUUUUGAAAGAAAAUCUUAACAAAACUUUGUUCAUACCCAUGAAAUUUAAAAAAAAAAUGGCAUGGCUCUAUUUUUUUAAAUAAAUUUUCAAUUGUGUAAGUAAAAUGAUUGGGUUUUGAUAUGUUUAUUUUAGGCAUUUGUAUACUUAUGUAAAUGUACCCAUGGUUGGUCAAUGCCAUUGAACUAUAUUUUUUUAAUUGUAAUAGCAUAUAUUUAUUUGUUAAAGGAGAAUGUAAAACCUCUUUUUCACAAUUAAUAUUAUUAGAUUUAAAGAUAUUGUCAUUCACAUCAAAAUUUACACACCAUAUUCCCUUCCCCCAAUAUUUGUUUACCGUAGAAGGUAUAUUCCUUCUUUUAUGAGGCAUAUCUUGUGCUGCCUCCAGCAGAGUUUUUAAUAAAUAAUAAAAUCAUCCACGGGAUGGCAGCCUUUUAUAAGCAACCACACUUUUUUUGCACGCCCCCUGAACUUUAUUAAAAUUCUAUAGUCCCAGAUCCCUUUUACCAUGUAUUGUUUUUUAUUUUCCAAAAAAAAAAAUAGUUCUGUGCGUAAUUCUAAUUAUGGUUAUUUAGUUUAACAUUAAAAUCGUUGCAACUUCAUUUGGUACUUUCUUUUUUGGAUGAGUGGUAAGUGAAUUAGUGAGCGGUAUUUGGCUAUGAAGUUUCACAAGACUAAUAAGCGUAAACAGCAUUUUCUUAUUUAAAGUAUUUUUAAACGUUAAGUUUUUAUCAAGCAAUUUGAUAACAAUAAAUUUUUGGAAUGAAAAAUAAUUAAAACUUAUUACAUGUUAAUAACACAAAGCUAAAAUUUUCUGUGGUGUAUUAACAGUUAGUUUAUAUUGAUUUCUUAUAAGAUUAUUCAAAUUUUUCUUUCUUUGAAAAUUUUAAUUUGAUAUUGUUUGAAGAUAUUUGGAUAACAUAGGUUUAAAUUUAAUUUCGCAAUAUUAAAAAGGAAAUAGAAAAAACAACAAAAUAUGUUUUGGGUUUUCUCAAUAAAUGGGAAUACGAAUUAAUAACAGUGCUACACUUAUGAACAUUUAUUGAUAUUUGAAAAAUAUCUUAACUCUUACAUUCAGAUAAAAUAUUGAAAAUAGAUUUUUAAUUGUUAUAUUAAAUUUAUUUCUAAUUUUUAAUUAUAAUACUUAAACGUAUACAUAAAUAUAAGCAGAUAUAUUUUAUUUAGAAAAAAAAGAAAAUCUUUAUCACUGUUUUUAAGCAUCAGAACAUAUUUCGAUUGAUUUGAUUUUUUAGUGUUAUAUUUAUACCCUAGCUCAUUUUAUACAUAUUGCUUGGUUACCGCAAAUUUGUUUGAAAGAAGUUUCGUAGAUGGAAAAUUGAAUGACCGAAGUUUGAUCGAACAGAAGGUUGGUCGAAUUUUAUUUUCAGUUCACAGGAUCAAAUUUUUGUCAAAUUUCUUUUUGAAUCCCCUAAACUAUAUAGUAAAACAAAUAAUGUGUUCUCGUGAAAUAGGAUGAAAUUUCUUUCAAACAAAUUUCUGGAUACGAUAUUACUUACCUGUAAAUUUUAUUUUUUAAACUUAAUGCUCAUAUUAAAAUAAUUGUCCUUUUAUUAUCAUGUAAAAUCAAUUUCAUGUGAAAGACUUGUUGGUCAGUUGUCCAUUUUACAAAAAAUAAAUUAGUUGCAUUCAGGGUUUUAGUGUAUUUGUCAAAGUUUAAUAAAAAAAAUAUUUUAUUUUUUUCCCACCAAAAUAGAUCAUCACUAUUCGAACAUAUUUAGCUAUCAAUGAUAAAACGUGUGCAUGAAUCUCCUUUACUUGUCACUCAAGGCUGUGGAUUAUUUGAGAUAUUAAUUGUCAAAUAAAUGUAUAGAAUUUAUAUAAUGUUAACAUAAUGUAUAACAUGCUAGUAUUUAUGGAUGGCACUCUAAAAGUAGGCUUUUCAAUACAAAAUUUGAAUCUAAUUGGGGUUAAGAGCGUUUUGCAGUUGUUGGUAUUUCAAAAAAGUACCUUCCUUGAGCUAUUAAAAAAAUAGUAGACCUUAAUGGUAUAAUUUAUUUUAGGAUGCUGCAGUUUGUAGAAAUAUCAUGUGUCUAGUGAUAACAAAAAGUACAAUCGCCAUGGAUAUCAAAAUUACUUGACACACAUUAGUCAUUGACAUAAAAAUUUCUUGAUAUGUGUUACUUAAUGAAAUUUUGUUUUAGUUUGCUUGUUCUUAAGUUUAUAAAUUAUUUUUCCAUAGGAAAGGCGAAGUCAUCUCUGAUUUAACAGAGGACCAGCUAUGGAAAGCUAAACACCUUUAUGACUCUGCAUUUCAUCCUGAUACUAAAGAAAAAAUGUUUCUCAUUGGAAGAAUGUCAGCCCAGGUUCCUAUGAAUAUGACCAUCACUGGGUGUAUGAUGACAUUUUAUAAGUAGGUUUCCCUACACUCAAAUGAUAAAAAUUGCCAAAUUUUAUGACAUUUAAAUUUUAAAUUAUUAUUUUAUUUAAUGAAGUGAAACCUGUAAAUAGCACAAGCCCUUGAAACCAAACCAAAAGUGUCACUAUUUGCAAGGAUAAUCAUGCACAAUAAUUUGAAAUAAAAAGACAAAUGCACAUGGAAAAUUAGAAGAAAUGAGUAAACAAAACAGAAAGCGCAAACAAUUACUUGCAUGUAAAUAACCAUAUAACGAGUAUGAAACUGGGCAAGAUUUUAUUGCGCUUAAGCAUUCUGCUUGCAGCUCAUUUAUAUCAACAAGUAGGCCUAUGUGUACAGUAAUUAACAAGUCUGUUAAGAUUGUCUUGCUUUCAUUGUACAUUGGCCAGUUGUACACACGAUUCACACAGUUCAUUCACAACCCUCAUUAUUGAAGCGAAUGUGUUGACACACCCUGACAACACAUUGUUCCAUCCUGAGGUUAGAAAAACACAAUAAGGUAGCGGACUGAUUAGUGAAUCAAAAGAUUGCUGUCACUUCCUGUGCAUGAGGUAUUUGGGUGGCAUGGCAUGUUCUAUUCACUGUUAAAAACACCAUUUUGUUCCUCAAAUACCUUUACUUGUUUUGCAUAUUAUGUUAUCCCGACUGAUUCCCACCCCCCUCUGACCGAUAAACAAUGCUGCUGGGUGCUAUCCAUGGCUUGACAUGUAAAGAGUUUGGGGAGGGGGGUGUGUGUGUGUGUGCGUGUGUUUGAAUUGUUUUUCUUUCUUUUCUUAUUAAGCUGUUUAAAAAAAUUAACUUAAAUAAAUGUUUGUAACUGUUUUAAUGUCAUGUUUAUUAUUGCCAAUAUUUUAUGUGAAGCGCCGUGAGCCCAGACCUAGGCUCACUGUAAUAAUAAAAAUAAUAUGAAAGAUUUUGCGCUAAUUUCACGGGUAAUCAAUCCGUUCCAUUGGUCAUUGGUAAGUGCAUUUGGCAGCAUUGGGACUAUUUCAAGGUUCAAGGUGUGCUAUUCACAAGUUUUACUAUAUUAAUGGGGCUGUUAUAUGUGUGGGUAUUAUGGACCUGAUAUGUUAGGGUAAAUAUAAAUUUAUUAUCAACAUUGUUCAUUUCGUUCUCAACAUUUGCCCCAAAUUAAGAUCUAUAAAAACUUAAGUAGAAAAUUGUUUCACUGAUAUCUGACGUAAAUGUUACAUGUCUUCUUUAUUAAAUCAACUUGCUUCUUUGUACAAUGUGGUAAAUUUAUGAUAUUCUUAAAAUUUGGAAUAAUUUUUUAAUUUUUUUACAUUAUAAUUUAUAUGCUAAUAAAUUAAAAGCUGAAAUAAUAAUAUAAUAAAGCCUAUUUGAAAAUCACGCUUCAUCCCCAAAGGCUCGAAGCGUGGUACAAAGUCAUCCAUAUUAAAAAAGAAAUGAAACAAUCUAUAUUUUACCACAUUGAAAUACAAAACGCAACAUUAUAAAAACUACAAACGAGAAUACCCAUUCUAAGUCUUUCAUCCCUUGAAACCAUAAACAACACAGGCCACUUUACAUCUAGGGUAAUAGAAGGGUAUAAUGGAGAUCAACAUCUUCUUAACUAUAUUCCCUUUAUAAUGACUGCAACUUAUAAGGGGAAUCACUAAAUAUUGUAGCAGCACUCCUGAAUUGGAUUUAGCUAGGAAGACAGAUUAUGAGAUUAAUCAAAGGAAAUUCAAGUUGAUGUAGUUUUUAACGCUUUAUCAUUCUGUGUGCUCCUUCCUUAAGAUGUUUGAGCCAUUCUUAAUAAAGAAAACAUGUAAAGAACUAAUUGCAUAUGUCCACUGCUUUCAAAUUUAUUGAUUCCUAUAUAUAUGCUAUCUCUAUGACAUUGUAAAAUUAUAAAAACUGUACUACACUAUCAGGACUACUCCAGCAGUGAUAUUCUGGCAAUGGUUUAACCAGACAUUUAAUGCUGUAGUGAAUUACACCAAUCGCAGUGGAGACUCACCAAUAUCACCAAAGUAAGUGCAUUUAAUAUUUUAAGCGGUGUUUGAGCAAGCUGACAAUUGUUAUGAUAAAAAUUGUAAUUGAGCUCUCGCUUAUAAAAUGUUGUUAUUGUGUAUUAAUGAAUGAUACAGUUUUCGUUUAAAUUAUUGAUUUCAGGCAGCUGGGAGUUUCGUAUGUGCUUGCUACCGGUGGUGCUGUCACAACUGCUUUAACUCUUAACAACAUGGUCAAGGUAUGUUCAUGUACUAAAAUAUUAGAAAUUUGGUUUAAGCUGUCUUUGUGAUGCGCUCUUAUUGAUAAACGCACAUUUCUGAUAAUUUCCAUGCUAAAUAUUCAUGUGUGCUAGUUUGUUUUUUUACAUGGAAUACUUUUUCAUUUAUUUUUUAAAUAUUUUUGUAUCAUAAUAACAUCCGAGGCUGAAUAUUUUUUCUAUUUUCUAAUAAUAAACUCUAAUGCUGACAUUUGCAGGAACACAAUAUUUAUAUGUUCAAUAUUAUUUAUAAUUUCAGAAAUUCCCUCCAAUAAUUGGUCGCUUUGUGCCCUUUGCUGCAGUUGCUGCAGCCAAUUGUAUCAACAUUCCUUUCAUGAGAAGCAGGUAAUAUAACAUAUGUUUUCUCCCCAAAAAUUUUAGCUAUUUAAAUGUAUUAGCCACCUAAAUAAAAUACUAAUGAGCAUUAUCACUGAGUGAAACUUAAAAUUUGAUAUUGUCAUUCAUUCUUGUAGAAUAUUUUUAUUCUUCAUCACCCAUUCCUUUGUAUUUUAGUAUAUAAUUGGAAUGGUUGAACCAAGUAAUUAAUAACUCCCGAAAAUUGUGGCAAAACUCUGUGCUUGGAUUAUUAUAUUGGUAAAUUAAAGUCAAAAUUAACUUUUUAAAAAUGUUAAAAAUUGUGGUAAAAUGGAGAUACUCAUUUAACAGAAUGCCAUUGAAUCUGCUUCCAGGGAAAUCACCCAUGGCAUACCUAUUCUAGAUGAAAAUGGCAACAGAGUAGGAGAGUCUACUCGUGCUGCAACAAGUGCUAUAACUCAAGUGGUAGUCUCCAGAGUUAUCAUGGCUAUGCCUGGAAUGUGUGAGUUUUUAUUAUUUCUUAUUGAAUCUAUUAGAUUAUUUUUUUUAUCACAGUCUCAUAGUUAUAUUCUUCAUGUCUUGUUCCUUAGUCAUUCCUUAUGUUUCUAUUAAAAUUAUUCUAAUUUUUCAAGUUCUUUUAAAAAAAAUAAUAAAUUGUGUGACAAUAAUUUUAUCCAAUGACUUGUUUCCUUUCAGUGAUUCCCCCGUUUAUCAUGAAUAACUUGGAGAAAAAAUCCUUCAUGAAACGAAUGCCUUGGCUUAAUGCUCCAAUUCAAGUUGGCCUCAUUGGUGUGCUGUGAGUACAUGUUAUUUUGAACCCUUUGUGACAUUAAAUUUAACAAAUUUACUGGCAACAACUAACAAGAGCAAUAUGAUAUGGAGACUUUAUAUAAAAGUGCCCUUAAUUAUGUUUAGCAUAUCUAAAGUUGAGUCUUGAAAGGAUGCAUUUUGGUUGUACAAAUUUAAGAAGAGCGCUAUCCUUGAAAUGAAGGAACUGGAGAAAAAAAGAAAAAGAUCAUGAUAAUUUUUUACCUGUUUGCUUUAAAAUGGACUAACAGGACUACUUGAUGAUUCCCAUGUGAGUGGGUCCAAUUUUGAAUUUUAAAAUAAAUCUACAAUUUAAUUCUACUUGGUAAAUGUAUUUCAGACUCGUGUUUGCCACACCCUUGUGCUGUGCUUUGUUCCCACAGAAAAGGUGAGUUUUAUUUGGUCUUACAAGAUGAAUUUAUCUGGAAUGUUUGGCUAGUCUACUUUUUUUUAUGCUGACCAGCUGCAAUUUAUGUAUAUAUGAAGUAUACUGAUACGAUGAUUGACUCUCUAAUAUACACUUCAAAUACUUAAUGCAAUCUUAUGUGUGCAAUUUUAUAUCAUUGUCAUGUUCAGCAGUGUGCAGAUAAGGAAAUUAAUUUUUUUUUAAUAAUAUUUCAAAAUAUAGGACAUUAAUUUUGUUUUAAAAUAUUUCAAAAUAAAGGGAAUUGAUUAUUAUUAUUAUAAUGAAUUAUUAUUUUUUAGCUCCAUGGCUGUUGCGAAUUUGGAACCAGCUGUUAGAGAUAAAAUUCAAUCUCUGCCCAACCCUCCAACUGUGGUCUAUUUCAACAAAGGUCUCUAAGGAUGAGAACAUCAACUCCAAUGAUAGCUACUUUAAUAAUUACUGGUUGUUUAAAGGACUGCUUUAAUACAGUCUUCCAUUAUCUGUACAUAGUAUGUAUCAAUUUUAGAUUAUUGUGAAAUAUUUUUAUAAUGUACAAUCUGCUGAGUUAUUAUGUAUCUUACAUUUAGUGGUAUUGCCCUAACAGCUAUAUUGCACAGCAAGUGUUAAUUGCCAAAGAGUUACUGUAAAUACUGUAAAAUUGUGUGUUCGUGUGCCUUUUCUCUGAUGCUAUUUCUAUCUUUGUUGGCAAUGAAGUGAUAACAAUAGUAUUUGUCUUCAUUUCACAAUGAGAUUGUCAACAUGUUCUUGUUGAUCUAUCUUAUUCGGGCACUUUGUUUUGGAUGGUUUGUAUUGUAAAUAAAUGAAUAAGAAAAUUUUAUUAUGAUGGAUUUUUCUAGGAUUUUUGUAUGCUUAUUAAAUUAGUUAACCAAUUUUGAAGUUUCAUUUCCAGGAUAUGGUAUUAAUUUAUCUGGUUUAAAUUUAUAUAUUUAAUUAUUGUUUUCAAUGCAUUAUAAGUUUUAGUUAGUUAUUUAAAAAUGUUCUCAAAUGAUUUUUAGAUUAAUUUUUCUUCAUUUUUAAGAUGUAUUUACGGCCUGACUUAAUCCACUAUUUUCAAUAUUUUUUAAAUUCUGCUAUGGAUCACUGGAACUUAAGAGAUUUUAACACACAGCCAAACUGCUGAUAUUGUGGAAACAACCAUUGCUAAUAAGAAUGAUUGGUUACUAGAUGAAUCAAAUAGCAUUUUCCCCCUUUUUUAAAGGUUGCAGUAUAUUUCAUUUGUAAUUACUAAGUUCCUACCUCCGUGGUAAGUUAGGAAUGUAAAGACUAUUUAGUUGUCUACUAAAGGAUCUUUGGAUUAAAAUUAAAGAUAGGGUGAGAAAUUGUUUCUUUAAUCAAGUACUUUUUUGAAUAAAUGACCUAUACAAGAUCAUUUGUCUAUUAAAAAAAAAUCUUUAAUAAAUGUCCUAUAUUAAUCUUAGACGUGUAUCAAAAGAAGAUAUUUUAUUGUAGUGAUUUUUGUCAGUCCUUAUAAAUAUGCCUGCUUCUGAAAUUGUAUAUAUCUAAACGCAUUUGUUUUAGCUGAAAACAAAUUUUGGUAGGGCGUAACUUUUUAGAGGAAUUUAUUAUAUUCAGCUUCCCAUUAUUAUUAAUUAUUUGUUAUUAUUUUAUUUGAAAAUUGAUAAUCAGGAACUUUAAAAUAGCUGCCAAUUAGUUCACUGCCUUAAAUGUUGACCCUGAGUUUAUAAUUGACUUUGCAUGCAGGAUGAAAUGAAUGAUUUGAAAAUGCUUUGUCACAUGCAGCCAUAAGCUACAGGAGUAGAUCUGCUGUGUAGGAAUGAUCUGCUUUGUCAAGUGUUGGAUGAAUAGAUUAAUGGGACCUAAGAACUGUUCUGUUGUUUUUUUAAAAUUACCACAUGAGAUUAUAAUAGCAACCAACACUCAGGAAAGUUACUGUUCCUUAUAGUUGUUUUUUUCUCCCUCUAUGUUCUGUAAAACUGUAUGAGAGAAUUAUGAGUUUCCAAGAGAAUUUUCUUUUUUUUAUCCGCAUUAAUCUUUAUUUUGUCAAACUUUCAAAUGUGUUUUGUGCUCGACUGCUACAACGGUCUUAAACAAAUGUGAAAUGACAUAUGUAAUACAUGAGCUAGUGGUCUCUGACCAGAGCAUAUUGAGAAACUAAGGUGAAGUAUUAAAUUUCAUUUUUUUGGGUUAAUUUUUCUUCUCUCAGUUAAAUUAUAAAUAAUCAUUGUAUGCUUGAGAAGCUCAAGAUCAAACGACUUCCUCAAGAUGAUAUAGCCACUGCUAACUUAAAGCUGAAUUGAUUGCAAAAAGAUCGAAGAUAAACACUUCAAAAAAAUACCCCAUCUUGCUUCAUGUCAUUAGGAAAGAAAGUCUGAUUUUGUGGCUUGGAGUUGAAAUAUCUGUUAUUUCCUGGUGUAGAACAGUAACUUCAACACACCACUGACAUUAACAAAACCAUCACUGCAGUAUUACCAUUUAAACAUUUGUUGGGCUACAUACUAUCCUUUGAGAUUGAUUUGUGUUUUAAAUCAUAUGCAAUAAGACAAGUAUGGUUAUUCUGACUCUUUGCAUGCAUUCUUACUUUUUGAGAGGAUGAUCUCUAUAAAAAAAAAGUUAUAUAAAUUUCUAUCUCUCAAAAAAAGUUUUUCUCUCCUUUUAUGGAAGUGUUUACACAUGUUGCUGUACAGAAUGUCAUUGUUCAAAAUGUACAACAUCCAGAGGGACAGACAACCCUGUCAAUCUCUGGUGUUUUAUCAAUGUUUGAGAUAAUUUUCAUGUCAACUAUUUUUUUAAACUUCCUGCCUUUUUCAUACUCAGAAAAAACUUGAUUUAAAUAAAGUUUAAAUAUGUAGAUUUUAAUUUGACCUUGAUUAUGCCUCACCUUGUUUUAUUUCUUCUUUAAUGAACCAGAUUUGAGUAGCAUUAAGAUUAACUACCGUAUUUAAAAACUAUUUUGCUCUAUGUAGGUCUAAUUAAGUAAAAUAGCUAGUAUUUUAAUUUUUAACAAAAAUUGCUGUGUAGGUCUGCCGGUGCCAAGAAAUAUAUUCCUGAUUCUCAUACCUGGGAAACUAAAUAAAAUUGAAAACUGAAUUAAAAUAAAAUCUACAGAAGGCCAAAAG